AUGUCCUUAGCAGAUGCACUAGAAGAAGAACGCAAGGCCGUUCUGGCUAUGAACAACAGCGGACAGCGAGGUGGUACUCAGCAUCGACCAGUCAAAUCCAUGGUUUUGGAUGAGCCUAGAAUGCCACAUGCCCAUCAUCGAUCCAAGUCUGUUUCAACUGGCUCAGGACCUGGGUGGAACCAGCAGCGGCCCAAUAUUCUUGUUUCCGGCCCUGAUGGUCUCUCGGGAGGUAACAAGUCGCGGUCUACCUCCCCCAAUGAGUCCAUGUACGCCAACCCCUACAGCAACCAUUCCACCACCAGCAAAGCCGGAAUGGGAGUAGGUCUUGGUCACCCUAAAGCAGGAAAGGUUGAGCCCCUUCCAUCUCACAGGCAAGCCAUGAAAAACCAACUUUUCAGUCAUAUGGGCGGUGCCACGCCUUUUGGGGGUUCCUCUGCUGGCAACGUCGACGAUGUGCUUCUGCGCAACUUGGAUCAAUUGAUGCGAAAUGGCCCAGGCGCCUCUGUGCGAUCGCGGUCUGCCAACGACUCCUCGCCCCGCCAUGACACUACCCUGUACCCUCCCACUGCCGGAUAUCGAAGCAGCAGUCGAAAUGGGAGCCGUACAGGAAGCAGGUCGGGCUCACGAGCUGGCUCUCGUAACCCAUCACCUUGCCGGUCCCCUUCGCGAGAACGAUCCAUUUAUGAUGAAGCUCUUCGUGUGGAUCACGACGAUGACGAUUACUUCGACGACGACGAUGAUGACGAUUCUGAAGACGACGACGAGGAGGACGAUGACACCGAUGCAUCCUCCGAAGAAGACGAAGAAGACGGAUAUUCUAAGAAGAAAAAGGGCAAAUGGAGUGGACUAGAUACCUCGCUGGUCUCAUCAAACGCCUUGUCGCUUCUGGGAGCAAUGGAGGAUGAAAGAAAGUCAGUGGCGCAAUCGAAGUUCCGCACAAAGUCUUUAAUGGACCAGGCCAUCGACCCUGCACACCCUCCGCCCCCUUCACACCAAGACAUCGCGGCAUACAGACGCCGAAUCGUGCAUCCCCACACCGCUUUUGAUGCUGCAAAGCUGAUCGAGCAAGAUGCUAAGCUUGGAGUAGCCCCCUACACUGGCUACAAAGAGGAGGUUAAGGAUGCUGCCGCUGCAGAGACUAUGGCCCUUACCGUAUCCACCAUUGCUUCUAGCGCCGCGACGAAGCGAACAAUCCGUACCAUCACAAGAGGAGAUCUUCCUGGCCUGGUUGGUACUGCUAUCACAACCCCCGACCCUUCCCUUGAAGGCAACACCAGGGAGACUGAGAAAGAGACUGAAGGCGCUUCGGGCAAUGCUGAAAGGGCAGCUGGGGGAGGAGACAAUGAUGGGAAUGGAGUACCAGACUCAGCGUCUACCGUACCAUCGACUUCAGUGACUUCCAGUGUCGCGGCGGUACUGCCUACCCCUGUGGUCUUGCCAUACCGACCCAAGGCCUACAUGGUAUGCACCGAUCUCUCCCCCGAGUCAAAUUACGCUCUUGAGUGGACUGUUGGCACAGUACUGCGGGACGGAUCCAUCCUGUAUUGUGUAUGCACUUACCAAGAGGAGGAUGGGGUGCGACCUGAGUCGGCUGAGAUUGAGCGACUCAAGGCGAUUGGUGAGAUCACUCAUAAUGUUGUGAAGCUGCUGAAGAAAACACGGCUGCAGGUCCAUGUUGUUAUUGAGGUGGUCCACUGCCGAAACGCCAAGCUCAUGUUGUGCGAGAUGAUUGAUCACGUUUCACCUACAUUGGUAGUUGUAGGGUCUCGUGGAAGAUCUGCUCUUAAGGGCGUUCUUCUAGGAUCUUUCUCCAAUUACAUCGUCGGAAAGUCUUCGGUUCCAGUGAUGGUGGCGCGACGUCGCCUCAAGAAAUCUAAGGCUCAUCAUGUCAACGUUCGACAGAGUAACAACCUCCGUGAAGGACAUGGUGGUCUUGGCUUGUCCGCUGCUAAGGUUGAUUAG